CUGCCUUUUACCUGUGCAGGUGAGCUCUGUUCAUAUUAUUUAUUACACGUGACUGGUGCGUGGUUUCCGGCAGGAAGGUGAGGCGGAAGUUAAGAGUCAAACUCGCGCAGCUCACCUGUUCGCAGGUGUACAACAACCAGAGAGAGAAAAGGAGGAAAAGAACGAAAAUGAAUAACCCCAUCCCUUCUAAUCUGAAGUCGGAGGCGAAGAAAGCCGCCAAGAUCCUGAGAGAGUUCACCGAAAUCUCCAACAGGAACGGUCCUGACAAACUCAUCCCCGCUCAUGUGAUAGCGAAGGCGGAGGGUCUGGCCAUCAUUUCCGUCAUCAAGGCCGGCUUCAUGAUCACAGCCAGAGGGGGCAGCGGCAUCGUGAUCGCCAGAAUGGGUGACCGACGCUGGUCCGCUCCGUCUGCCAUCGGCAUCGCCGGCUUGGGAGGAGGCUUCGAGAUCGGGGUGGAGGUGUCCGACCUGGUGAUCAUCCUGAACCAGCGGCGAGCCGUCGAGGCAUUCACGAAGGGCGGGAACCUGACCCUGGGGGGGAACUGCACCGUGGCCGUGGGCCCUGUGGGCAGGAACGUGGAGGCGGACGUGCUUAUUCGCAGCACCGCGGCGGUCUUCACCUACUGUAGAUCCAGAGGUUUGUUUGCUGGUAUUUCUCUGGAGGGAUCUGGUCUGAUCGAACGCAAAGACACCAACCGCAAGUUCUACGGACGAGAAAUCCGCGCAUCGGGCAUUUUGAACGGUGACGUGGAGCCGCCGUCAGAAUGCUACGACCUCUACCACAUCCUGGAAGUCUACACUGAGGCCUACACCUCCGACUGGACCAGCAAGCACAUGCGUCCAAAGUCAUCUCUUCCUCCAUCCAGACCUUCUGUUCCUCCCCAGCAAAGACCGUCAGCCGGCUACCGGCAGCCGCCAGCCGGCUACCGGCAGCCGCCAACCGACUACCGGCAGCCGCCAACCGACUACCGGCAGCCUCCAGCUGGCUACCAGCAGCCUCCAGCCGGCUACCAGCAGCCGCCAGCCAACACUGGUAAAAACGUCCUCUACCCGAGCAUCUCCAUCUAUAAAUCUGAGACUUCAGUUGCGGACCUUGGGAGUUGGAGACAGGAGACAACAGGUGUAGGAUCGUCAGUGGGCGGGGCUAGCGGCGAGCUCGUUGUCACGGCGACCCACCCGUUCACGGGGCAACAGCCCGGCGACCUGAGCUUUGUCCCCGGCGACAGCAUCACCGUGGUUACAAAGACGGAGUCGGAGUACGACUGGUGGGAGGGGCGGCUCGGAGACGGGCGCGUCGGCAUCUUCCCCGCUAACUUCGUCACGUACUGACUGAGGAACUACGGCAAGCGGGAGGACGAGAAGAGUUCAGACCGAUUCCUCUCAGUGGACGACGAACUAUAAUUAAUAUAAGAUUUAAUCAUGAAUUAUAUCACAAUUAAUAGGAAAAACACAAAUGUUCUGUUUGAGAAUUAUUUUUGGUCGUGGAUUAUAAUACAUUCAAAUUUAACAUUUCCCCCAAAAUAAAACUCAACUGUUUACACUGGAGCGUUACAUUAAGUUAAAAUCCUGUAUUCAUAAAUAUUUAUACUUUGAUUUGUUUAUUUAUCUGGCAAAGUAUCUCAAACACUUCCUUCCUGUUCUUUCCCUUCAAAAUAAAACCGAGAAAACAAAAGCAAAUGUAAUGUUUUUUGACAAACAAUGAGAACAUGAAGAUACUUUAAGUGAAAUCCCCUUUCAAACCCGAUGAAGGUUUUGUUUUACUUUGAAAGGGCUGUAGGCAGUCCUCAGACCCUCUGUCCUCAGACCCUCUGUCCUUAGACCCUCUGUCCUCAGACCCUCUGUCCUCAGACCCUCUG